UGAUAAAAUUAUAUCCGACAUUAACCUAUCGAAUAAAAGUAUGUAAAUAAGUCUAGUUGUCAUUAAAAAGUUAUUUUAGUGAUCGAUACUCGUUCAUCUCUUUCGUGUCUCAGUGGAAACAAUAAAAAAGUGGCGCGAAUAUAAAUCACAAUUAAAAAAAUUUAAUUAAUAUGUUUAAUAAGUUACCAGAAAUUUGACACCUGCACAAUAAUAAUAAUUUAAAAAAAAAAAAAUGGGAUCGUUAUUAAGACGUAGUUUUUAUUCAACCGCGCACGGUAUUGCUAGAUGUCAAAAAAAUAAUUUAAUCAUCAGAAGACUCCAACAGACACAUGCUGCACUUAGUUCUAUUAAUGAAACUCACGAGCCACCGAGUAAUAAUAAUGUGAUACCUGUAUUCCGAAACGCAAUUAAAUUCGGUGACAAAACAGCACUCAGAGACUUGCAAGGUGAUUAUACGUACCGAGGAUUGUAUUUAAGCUCAAGACAAUUCUGCGGUGAUUUAUCCGAGUUUUUAAAAGAUGGCCAGCAGGAAAGAAUCGCAUUUCUUAUGCCCAGUGACGCAAGAUAUGUUAUCGUCCAAUGGGCAUGUUGGAUGAGUGGACAAAUCGCGGUACCUUUAAAUGUAUCCAGUCCACCGCCAGUACUCGAGUACUAUCUCAAAGACUCAGGAUCAAAAGUCGUAAUAACGACCACUGAAUUUUCUCCAAUACUUGAACCAAUAGCAGCCAAAUGUAAUUGUCGUCUGAUAGUUUUGGACGAUGCGCUACGAAUACUCGCUAUGAAGCCACACGGCAGAGCGGCAAACAACAAAGACGAGUAUGAGUACUUUGAUGAACCGAGAGAAACUCCAUUGAAAGAUGAAUUUUAUAACGACAGCGACGCGAUGUUCGUCUACACAUCGGGUACCACUGCAACACCCAAGGCCGUGGUGCUGACACACAAAAACCUCCAGUCCCAAAUGAAUGCGCUAAUUAAUGCCUGGAAGUGGACGGAAAAAGACAUUGUGUUGCACACAUUGCCACUGAACCACAUCCACGGGAUCGUAAACGUACUGAUGUGUCCGCUAUAUGUCGGCGCUCGGUGCGUCAUGCUCCCGAAAUUUGAAAGCUCAAGUGUCUGGAGUCAAUUGCUCGCAGUCAAUUUACAAAAUACCGAACGUAUCAAUAUGGUAAUGGCAGUACCUACUAUUUAUAUGAAACUUAUACAAGAGUAUGACCAAUUAUUCAGCAAAAAUCCAAAGAUAAAAGAGUAUGUCCACACUGUGUGCAGCACGAAGAUCAGACUUAUGGUAAGUGGUUCAGCGCCAUUGCCCAAGCCGAUUUUUGAUAGAUGGGAAGAAAUAACUGGUCACCGGUUGCUAGAAAGGUAUGGGAUGACAGAAACUGGUAUGGUUCUAUCAAAUCCACUUGAAGGCCAACGUAUUCCAGGUACCGUUGGAACUCCACUGCCUGGUGUUCAAGUCAGAAUAACAAAAUCUGAGCCAACUAGUACACCUGAAGUAUUAGUUCAAGGUUCCAGCUCAGGCAGUAAAGUAGUCAGCAAAAAAGAUAAGAUUCCUAUUAGCGGAGAUUUACAAGUCAAAGGUGAAAGUGUGUUUCGAGAAUAUUUCAACAAGCCGGAGGCUACUGCCAAAGAAUUUACCACUGAUAAAUGGUUUAAAACAGGUGACACUGCGAUGUAUGAUGGCAACGUCUACAGCAUCUUAGGACGUAGUUCUGUUGAUAUAAUAAAGACAGGAGGCUACAAGGUCAGUGCCCUGCAAGUGGAAACGGUAAUUCUUGGUCAUCCAGACAUCAUAGAUUGUGCAGUUGUCGGUUUACCUGACAUUACAUGGGGACAAAAAGUCGCGGCGGUUGCAGUUACUCGCGAGGGAUCUGAAAUUCUAUUACAUCAAUUACGAGAAUUUUCGAAAAAAUCAUUACCCGAUUAUGCAGUACCCACGGUACUUAAAAUAGUCGACAAAAUUCCUAAAAAUAAUCUCGGUAAAGUCAACAAGCCGAACUUACUGGCGGCUGUAUUUCCAAAUAAUAAAAUAUAAUAUUUAUUUUAAUGAAUUUAAAUUCAAUAUAAAUGUACAUGCUCACUAACAAUUAUGUGUACGUGAAAAAAAAAUUUUUUUAUUUGUCAAUCAAAAUGUUAAUAUUUGUUACUUACAUUAAUAAUAUUCAUAUUGAAUUUAUAAAAGAAAAAAUGUUUAUAAAAUUUAUGUUUCUGGAACUGAAUAAAAUUUAUUUUUUAGUUU